AUGGUGAUCAUGUCAUUCUCCAUGGUUGAUGCAACCAAUGAUCUUUAUUGUAAUUGUAUAUGUCGACCCCGUAUCAAUCGAUUCUCUCUCGAUUUACAAGAGAUUUUAAAGACUGUGAUGGUUUCUGUAGUGUGGGUGGGUGGGUGUGGGUGUGCAGGGGGGGGGGGGGGGGGUUGCUUGAGAGCAAUGGGUUUGGCGAUAUCUCGGUUUGUGAAGAUGCUCUUUGCAAAGAAAGAAAUGAGGAUUUUGAUGGUUGGUCUUGAUGCUGCUGGGAAAACAACUAUUCUGUACAAGCUUAAACUUGGAGAGAUUGUUACUACCAUUCCUACAAUUGGCUUCAACGUGGAGACUGUGGAAUACAAAAAUGUGAGCUUUACAGUUUGGGAUGUAGGAGGCCAAGACAAGAUCCGGCCUUUAUGGAGGCACUACUUUCAGAACACCCAAGGCCUUAUCUUUGUGGUGGACAGUAAUGACAGAGAAAGAAUUUCGGAAGCCAGAGAUGAGCUUCACCGGAUGCUGAAUGAGGAUGAAUUACGCGAUGCAACUCUUCUCGUGUUUGCAAAUAAACAAGACCUUCCAAAUGCUAUGAAUGUUUCCGAGAUCACUGAUAAACUUGGCCUGCACUCACUGCGUCAACGUCGAUGGUACAUCCAGAGCACUUGUGCCCCUUCUGGCCAAGGACUCUAUGAAGGUCUUGAUUGGCUAUCAAGCAAUAUUUCCAGCAAGGCAUGA